AUGUCUGAUUUGCAUGUAACACCCACCAAUACGCCGAUCUGUCUGCUAGACGCCAAGGAAGCCUUUCAUGGGCUGACAGAAAACGAGAAGCUCUAUUCGUAUCAUCUCAAUGUGGGAUGCUGGGCCGGCGCCCUAUCUUGCCUCGCGCAGACGUCUCCCGAGAGCCCAAAGUUCUUCCUCCUCCUCCACAAACUGUUUGCGGCAGAUGAUGUAGCAGACUUGGAGAAGAGGUGCCUUGCAAAUGGCGUACAGCAGGAGGACUGGGACGCUUUCAUCCAGUUCUGUGCAUGCUUCUACGGCAACAUGGGAAACUACCUGUCUUUCGGCGACACCAAGUUCAUUCCGCGCUGCGGCUCUGAGAAGAUUGCGAAGAUUGUGUCCCUUUCUUCCAAGGGACCUGAACUGGCAGAAGACUGGAAGAACAUCGAGAACGACAUCUACGAUCUCUCCGAUGCCAAGAAGCAGUUCGGGUUGGACGGCAAGGGGAUCUCCACAUACUAUUCUCCAGACAUGACAACGGCGGAGAUUCAAGUGGAUUUCUUGACUUCUCAGAACAUGGGCGACCAGGUUGGUAGUGAUGUCAAUGUCAAUACCGAAAUCCAGAUUGAUAAGUUAUCGCUCUGCAUCGCCUCAGCGAAUCGGCAGGAGAGCGCGAUGCAUGUCUUCAGGGAUGUCAAGAUCGAGGUCAAGUACGGCGACCACUCCCCUUUCAUGGGCGAGCUAGCCAGGGCAAUCGAGAGGGCGUCGAAGUACGUGCCGGAGGAGAACAAGGACCGUGUGGAGAUGUUGAAGCACUACGUCAACUCCUUCAACUCAGGCACUCCUCACUGUUCUGUUCAAGUUGCUAUCCAUGAGCUCCUUGGUCACGGGAGCGGGAAGCUGUUGAAGGAGGGGAGCGACGGGGCUCUGAACUUUGACAAGAACAAGGUCAAACAUCCUUUCACCGGCAACUCCAUCGAGACCUUCUACAAGCCUGGAGAGACAUGGGACGGCAAGUUCGGAGCCGAGAGCUCCAGCUAUGAAGAAUGCCGUGCAGAGAGCGUUGGGAUCUUUCUCAGCUGCGUCCCCGAGAUCCUCUCCCUCUUUGGCCACUCCGCCUCAGCGGACGAGGUCUCGGACGUGACGUACGUGAACUGGCUGAUCAUGGUGAGGGCCGGGCUGCUCUCGCUCGAGUACUUCACGCCGGAGAACAGCAAGUGGAGACAAGCGCACAUGCAAGCUCGCUAUGCGAUCCUCCGAGUGCUGCUGGAGGCCGGGGAGGGCCUCGUCAGCAUCGUGAAGAAGGACGAUGACGUCAUCAUCUCCUUAGAUCGCAGCAAGAUUCUCAGCGUCGGCCGCAAGGCGAUGGCCGCGUUUCUGGAGAAACUGAAUGUGUAUAAGGCCACGGCGGAUGUGGAGGAAGGGAUCAAGAUGUACAAAUACUACACGUCUGUCCCUGAGGAUAUGCUCGAACUCCGCAAGAUUGUGCUCGCCAAGAAGGAGCCGAGGAAGAUCUUUGUUCAAGGAGUCACAAGUUUGUCGUCCGAUGGUCAGGUGUCUUUCAAGGAUUAUGAAGCGACUGCCUACGGGAUGAUCAACUCUUUCAAGGAGAGAUACUCGGCGGAUGGGCCGCUUGGCAGCUUGGUGGAGCAGCUCAAAUUCUGCGGACAAUUUCCCAUGGAGAGCAACUGA